AAUUUAAAUUUCCGCUAGACGGCGUUCUUGAGCGCUGUUAUAGAAACGACGCUACGAUGUUAAAGCACUGAAUGAACAAACAUAGACAAGUUCUAUAAGGUUUGUGGUUUCUUUGCCGAAAUAAGUCUGUUGUAACAGUCAUUGCACCACAAUGCCUUUGGGUGUAUUAAAGGCAGGUUAACAGUAAAUAAUACGAACGGUUGGUGCUUCAAUAUAGGCCGUAAAUUGACGUGACAAAGUUAAAGUUUACGAUGGCUGACAUAAGUAGAAUCGCGUCUCCCAUGAGCUUAUGCGAAGAAGAUUUGUUUGAUGUAAAUAAAAACGUUGAAAGACAAAAGAAACGACUUGAAGAAUUACAGAAAGUUCGACCUGCUUCUUUUCUGGUUGGCUCAAUUCAAAAAGUAAAUGAGAGAAUAUGUAGUUUGGACAACGAACUUUCAACAUAUGACAGCAAACUCGCAAUCGAAAGCCGAUCUUCCUACAAUGAUGAAGUCUAUGAUCCAAAUACUGGCCAACUUCAACUUAAAUCUGUUCCCAAACGUGGGUCACGCUCAGCUAGAGAUAGAGAAGAAAAAGAAGAAAGAAAAUUUGCUGGAUUAUUUUCGAGUGAAUUUGAUGGACAACCGGAAGGCAAUACACAACGAAGAAAAGGACCGGCCAAAGUUAAAAUCAGACGCACCAAGAUUAGUAGAGUUGCAGCAAUAUCCAGGUUUUGUACAGAAUCGUCACUCACCUUUGCCUCAUGGGUUGGAAGCCACUGUAGUUAUUGAUCAUGUUAUUUCAGCUCAAACUGACCUGAAAAGGAAGCCAACCUAUCAACAAGAGUUUCGUAAGAUGUUGUACUCUCGCACACAGAGAGCUAUGUUACAAGAUGUUUUCUGGUGGUUUUUCCUUGACAAAUAUCAUCCGGACAAACUAAGCCAAAGCAAACUUUUCAGGCGGAUUUCCCAGAUUUUUGUCAAGCUUUUGCUCAUGUCUAAAGAUCAGAAAUUUCGAGAUAAGUUUUUCAUGAAUUAUGCCAGUAUAUUGGCCCAGUCAAUAUAUUCAGCAUUCUGCCUCGCUUUCCCUCAGUCGUGGCGACAAUUUGACGAACCAACUUUCAAAGGGAACUUGCUCAACAUUGCCACCAUGUGGGUAUCAGGAAUCCAACCACCACCCAGGCUUUACGAGAAAUGGAAUUAUUCCCAACUUGAACCUCAUAAAAUGAGGAAAGAAGAAACAAUGAAAGUUUCAAAAUCUGGGGAGAAAGUUGAUAGGAAGGGAACUGGUAAACUAAGUCCUAUUGGUUCAGUAACUUCAACAAAGACGCCAACUGCUCAUUCAAGGUCGGGGUCCAAUAAAGGAUUAUUGAGAGCGCUGGGCACAAGAUCAGAUGCUAUGUCAACUGUCUCUUCACAAAAAACUAAAAGCAAUGAAACUACUGUAACCACAGAUAAAGGGACAUUGUCUCCAAUUACAGAGCAACCAAAAACUGGUGAAGAAACCAAGGAAAAAUAUUCAUUAAAGUAUUUGAAGGAAAAUUCGUGUGCUAUUGGAAGAUCCGUUGAGUUUGAUCGUUCAGUGUUUAACAUCCAUGGAAGAUCUCCUCUUCUUAGUGAGUAUCUUUACCAAAGAGGUCUCCACAAAGUUACGGGUCGUGAUCAGCUAGUAAGGAGAACACAAAUUGAAUCCCUGCCUUCCCACCAAGCAAGAACUUAUAAUGAUUUAAUUCAAGAAUCAUCUCACAACGUGCGAGACACAGCUACUGCAUUUAACAGAAUUCACCUUGAAGGGGAAAGAGCAAGCAAAGAGUUUUUGACAAAGCAAGUUGAAGAAAAUCGGCUUUUUAAAACAAAAUCGUCAAAACUUUUAAGCAAACCCCGACAAGUACGUUACCUCAGCAACCUCGUGCUAAUGGAGUUAAAGAGAGACCAAGAUGAAGUGAACGUUGUUGGAGCGGUUGCUGCUGUACAAGCUGCCUUGGCUGCAGAGCCAGCUAAUUAACAUUUACCUAUAAUCUGAAGAUUUACCUGCAUUUAUAUUGUAAUAGGUCAAUUAAGGUUACCUAAAUGAAAUAGCCGACCUCUUUUUAAACCGUUACAUUUUUGGUGUUGUACCGAUGUAAUAAUUUUAUGCAGCUUUUUUCAGAAAUAAAACAAUCUUUUGAAUAUUUA